AUGGGAAAAAAUACCGUUCAAGCGAAGCAAUGGCUUGAAAAGUGUUAUGGGGACUUUGCUCCAUCAGAAAUAACAAUAAAGCGUUGGUCUGCUGACUUCAAACGUGGUCGUAGAGACACCGAUGAUGCAGAACGCAGUGGAUGUUCAAAUGAGGCGGUAACACCAGAAAAUAUCAAAAAAAUCCGCAAAAUUAUUUUGAAUGAUCGGAAAGUGAAGUUGUGUGAGUUAACUGACAUGGUAAAGAUAUCAAAAGAACGUGUUGGCUUUAUAUUGCAUGAGCAUUUGUCCAUAAGAAAGCUCUGUUCAGAGUGGGUGUCGCGUUUGCUCACUGUUGACCAAAAACAACAACGUGUUGAUGAUUCCGAGCAGUGUUUGGCCAUGUUUAAACGUAACAAACCAGAAUUUUUGCGUCGAUAUGUGACAAUGGAUGAAACAUGGAUCCAUUACUUCACUCCGGAAUCAAAACGAUCGUCAUCUGAGUGGACAGCAACUGGUGAACCUCGUCCAAAGCGCCCGAAAGCACAAUAA